CCCCGGCCUCCGCGCCCCCCACCGCCGCCGCCGCCGCCGCCGCCCGCCGGGCCGCGGAGAGCCGAGCGCCACGGGCCCGCCGCCGCCUUGGGCCCGCCCGCCUCCCGCCGCCGCCAGCGCCGCCGCCGCCAUGGGCGUGCAGGGCUUCCAGGACUACAUCGAGAAACACUGCCCGAGCGCCGUGGUGCCGGUGGAGCUGCAGAAGCUGGCCCGGGGCAGCCUGGUGGGCGGCGGGCGGCAGCGGCCCCCGCAGACGCCGUUGCGCCUGCUCGUCGACGCCGACAACUGCCUGCACCGCCUCUACGGCGGCUUCUACACGGACUGGGUGAGCGGCGGCCAGUGGAACCACAUGCUCGGCUACCUGGCGGCGCUGGCCAAGGCCUGCUUCCACGGCAACAUCGAGCUCUUCGUUUUCUUCAACGGCGCUCUGGAGAAGGCCCGGCUGCACGAGUGGGUCAAGCGGCAGGGCAACGAGCGCCAGACGGCGCAGCAGAUCGUCAGCCAUGUCCAGAACAAGGGCACGCCGCCGCCCAAGGUCUGGUUCCUGCCGCCCGUCUGCAUGGCCCACUGCAUCCGCCUGGCGCUCAUCCGCUUCCACAUCAAGGUUGCACAGAGCAUCGAGGAUCAUCAUCAGGAAGUCAUUGGUUUCUGCAGAGAGAACGGCUUCCACGGCCUGGUUGCCUAUGACUCUGAUUAUGCGUUGUGCAACAUCCCCUACUAUUUCAGUGCCCAUGCCCUAAAACUGAGCCGAAACGGGAAGAGUCUCACGACAAGCCAAUACCUGAUGCAUGAGGUUGCCAAGCAACUAGACCUGAACCCAAAUCGCUUUCCUAUUUUUGCUGCUCUAUUAGGUAAUCACAUUCUACCCGAUGAAGAUUUGGCUUCUUUUCAUUGGAGUUUACUCGGUCCAGAACAUCCAUUAGCCUCACUUAAGGUACGGGCUCACCAGCUAGUUUUACCACCUUGCGAUGUAGUGAUCAAAGCUGUCGCUGACUACGUCCGUAAUAUUCAGGACACCACUGAUUUGGAUGCCAUAGCUAAAGAUGUUUUUCAGCAUUCGCAGUCUAGAACAGAUGACAAAGUUAUUCGGUUUAAGAGAGCAAUUGGAUAUUAUUCAGCGACUAGUAAGCCUAUGUCAUUUCAUCCACCACAUUACUUCGCCAGACCAAAUCAGUUUGGAAUGCCUGGGAUAGUGCCACCAUAUGUUCCGCCUCAGAUGCUCAACAUUCCACAGACCUCGCUGCAAGCAAAACCUGUGGUGCCAGGCCCAGGGGGUGCUCCGGGCCAGGGGCCAUACCCGUACGGCCUCCCUGAGCCAGCUCUCGCUUUGGAAAGUGGAAAGAAUUUGACUGAGCAGAACAGCUACAGCAACAUUCCUCACGAAGGAAAGCACACUCCGUUGUAUGAACGGUCCUCUCCGAUCAACCCGGCUCCAAGUGGCAGCCCCAAUCACGUGGACUCAGCUUACUUUCCUGGUUCUUCUACGUCGUCCUCUUCGGACAAUGAUGAAGGCAGUGGAGGAGCUACAAACCAUAUCAGUGGGAACAAAAUUGGCUGGGAGAAGACAGGAAGCCACUCGGAGCCUCAAGCACGUGGAGACCCAGGAGACCAAACAAAGGCAGAAGGUUCGUCCACUGCCUCUUCCGGGAGCCAGGUGGCGGAAGGAAGAGGAAGCCAGGUGGCCGCAGCGCAGCCAAUCCCCUGCCUCCUGUCCAUGCCCACCCGGAGCCACAUGGAUAUCACCACACCCCCGCUGCCCCCGGUUGCGCCCGAGGUGCUGAGAGUGGCAGAGCACAGGCACAAGAAGGGGCUCAUGUACCCCUACAUCUUCCACAUCCUUACCAAGGGUGAAAUCAAAAUUGCUGUUUCUAUUGAAGAUGAAGCCAACAAAGACCUGCCUCCGGCUGCCGUGCUCUAUAGGCCAGUCCGCCAGUGUGUUUACGGAGUCCUGUUUAGUUUGGCAGAAAGCAGAAAGAAAACUGAGAGACUUGCUUUUAGAAAGAACAGACUUCCACCAGAAUUUUCACCAGUGAUAAUUAAGGAGUGGGCAGCAUACAAAGGAAAGUCCCCUCAGACGCCAGAACUGGUGGAAGCGCUCACCUUCAGAGAGUGGACCUGCCCCAACCUGAAGAGGCUGUGGCUGGGGAAGGCCGUGGAGGACAAGAACCGCAGGAUGAGGGCCUUCCUGGCCUGCAUGAGGGCAGACACCCCCGCCAUGCUCAACCCAGCCAGCGUGCCCACCCACCUCGUGGUGCUCUGCUGUGUCCUCCGGUACAUGGUGCAGUGGCCAGGAGUACGGAUUCUGCGGCGCCAGGAGCUCGAUGCCUUCCUGGCCCAGGCGCUGUCCCCCAAGCUCUAUGAGCCGGAUCAGCUGCAGGAGCUCAAGAUUGAGAACCUCGAUCCCCGAGGAAUCCAGCUGUCGGCUCUGUUCAUGAGUGGGGUGGACAUGGCGCUGUUUGCCAACGACGCCUGCGGGCAGCCGAUCCCCUGGGAGCACUGCUGUCCCUGGAUGUACUUUGACGGCAAGCUCUUCCAGUCCAAGCUCCUCAGAGCCAGCCGGGAAAAGACCCCUCUCAUCGACCUCUGUGACGGUCAGGCCGAGCAAGCUGCCAAGGUAGAAAAGAUGCGCCAGAGCAUUCUAGAGGGGCUGAACUUCUCCCGGCAGAACCAUCCACUCCCUUUCCCCCCACCUCCCUCACUGCCCUUCUACCCAGCCUCCAUGUAUCCUCGACACUUUGGGCCAGUCCCACCAACUCAGGGCAGGGGCAGAGGUUUUGCAGGAGCCUGUGGCUUUGGAGGCCCUUAUGGGGACGCUGUAGCAACAGGCGCGUACCGUGCCUUCCGGGUGGCCGCAGCAGCAGGACCCGCCAGAGCCUUCUCGGGCAGCGACAGCAGCAGGACUAGCAAGUUACAGGGCGGAGUCCAGCCUAUCCCUUCUCAGGGUGGGAAGCUGGAAAUCGCCGGCACUGUGGUGGGCCACUGGGCCGGGAGCCGGCGUGGCCGGGGCGGCCGGGGGCCCUUCCCGCUGCAGGUGGUCUCCGUGGGGGGCCCAGCCCGGGGACGUCCUAGAGGAGUUAUCUCCACCCCGGUGAUUAGAACGUUCGGAAGAGGCGGAAGGUACUACGGGAGAGGUUAUAAAACCCAGGGGACAAUCCAGGGCAAACCUCCUUAUGCUGCUUCAGCAGAAGAAGUGGCCAAAGAACUGAAGUUGAAGUCUGGGGAGUCGAAGGCCUCUGCCGUGGCCCCGGAGGGUGCCCUGGCUGAGAAUGGGGUAGCGGCGGAGGAGAAGCCGGCUCCCCACAUGAACGGGAGCGCAGGAGACGCCAGGGCUUCUGACCAGUCUGAAAGUGCCUUGAACAAGGACUCUAAAAUGUGCAAUACAAAUCCUCACUUAAAUGCACUAACUGCAGACAGUGUUUGCCAUAAAGAGGACACUCUUGAGGCGGCUGUCUUAAAUAAAGAAGAGUAAACUUAUUUUUUAUAGAGGGUGAAGGAUGUUGGAAGGGUAAGGAUUUAGAAAUAUCUGGAAAGAGAGAGAGCCUACAGUUACGUACAUUUUUUCCUUUCCGUAAGAGAAAAAUGAGGACUUUGGAAAUUCGGAUCCCUCUUUGAUAUCAGAGAUUUAAACAACACAUUUUUAGUUUUAACCAGUUGUAGUCAAAAUGCUACAAUAAAACAAAAAAGAGAAAGAAAAUGAAGAGCAUUUGACUCCCGCACUUAAAAUGAAGUACACAUAAAGUUUAAACUGGUUAUGACAAAAGCCUAUAGCUGUAUUUCUUGAACUAUAAAGAAAACAAAUUUUGGCAGUCUUUAAGUAUAGAUAGCUUAAAAUAUAAUUUUUAGCAUUUGGCACCAUAUGUAUGCCAUUAUAUUUGAUUUUGCAUUACUGUUUCACAAUAAAGCUUUGUUUAAGGCUUUUAUGAUUAUGAAGAAAAUAAGGCACAACCACAGUUUUUCUUUCUUACUUAAAUUUCAUCACUGUUGAUGUGGUUCUUUUGUGUUUAAAAAAAAAGUGCAACUAUCGAAACGAAAAAAAUUAUAGAGUAAUAUUGCCGUUCUGCUGAUUUUAAAUAUACAGUACAUCAUACAUACUUUACAAGCAAGUUAAAUGGAGAUAAAGUUGAAAUCAUAGAAGAUGCAAAUGACCUUUCAAAAUCAACACAAUGUGUUCUGAAACUUGUCGUGACUAAUACCAUGCACCUGUGAUCAAUGAACUAUGUGGUUUUGAUCGGACGUAGGCCAUUAGUAUUACUACCUGAGCUAAACUUCUGCAUGGUUCAUAAUUUUUAAAGUGUGUAGUUAAUAUUAUGCAUGUUAUUGUCCUUUCUUCCAUUCUUACAAGUAUGUGCCCAUUUGCAAAACAAGAAAAAAGCUAAUAAUCAGUAAUAGUCCUAUAAAAGAUGUUAACUAUGUUUAGUCAUUGACUGAUCUUGCUCUAACCUUAAAAUUUUGUGAUUAUUGACCUCUGUUGCAUUUAUUCUAAAACCCCUCCAAAAAUUAUCUAGCCGUUUUAAAUAUCAACAUUACCCUGGUGUAUUCACUGCUGUAUGCAUUCUUGUUCUUUGUUGCUGUUUUAUGCCUUCAUAUUAGCAAAAUAUGAAAUUCUGUGAAAAACAAAAAAAACCCUUUGAUCUUAAAAAAAAAAAAAACCCUCCCCCCCUUCUGUAGCAGGAAACAAAUUGCUUGUUCUUGAGAACUUUCCCAUCAAGAAUUUAGUAGAAGCAGGUAUACUUAUAUCAUUUUGAUGUUUCUGUUAAUGUUUCCAAACAAUGUACUUUGAAAUCAGAAUCCCUUCUUAUUCGUUUUCUUAUAAUUGUCCUGAUGCUCUUCAUCACACAUUAGUGAUCAGAAAGGAGGUGUAAUUCCCCAGCCCCUGCCCGCCAGAGCUAAGUAGGAUCUUCCUGUAAGUUGAGGGGAGUUUCGCCCUAACUCAUGGACUGUGCAAGAAUGAACUGCUGUUGGGUUUGAUUGAUCGUAGAUGGACUGUGGUGUGGUGUAUUUGAAGGCUAUUGAAUGCAACUUACAAUGCUUAAUAAAAAUCUUUAUUCUUUUAGUAUAAA